AUGUUAGCGAAGCUGGCGCGCAAUGGCGUGCUCAUCGCGGGGUGGGCGACCAUGACCAAGAAAUAUUUCUUCGAUAUCAAAUACGGCAUGGGUGUGUCAAUGGUCCCCUCAAUCCCCGACGGCUCCUUCAUCGUCGUGGAGCACCUAUCGCGGCGAUGGUGCAACUGGGAGCGCGGAGAGUUGGAAGGAGACGUGGUGGAGCUUCAGCCGCGCUUCGACGACAAUUACAAGGACAUAAUUACCGUUCCCAAGGGGCACGUAUGGGUUGAAGGAGACAACGCCACCUGCUCCAUAGACUCGAGGUAUUUCGGCGCUGUCCCUGUGGCGCUUUUGACCGGGCGGCCCUAUUGGAUUGUAAGUUUAUGCGGGACUUAUUGUUAG